UACCCGUCAGUCGACAGGGGGAGCCGGUAGUCUGAGUCAGCCGUACCAUUGAGCGCCUGGGCGCGGGGGGGUGGGCCCGCGUGGUGACGGGGUUAGCAGGAGUUUGUCAGGCCCCAGGCUCCAAGGCAGGAAAAUGGCGGCCUUAGGGUCACCGGCGCGCACUUUGCGAGGCCUUCUGCGGGAGUUGCGCUACCUGAACGCGGCUACCGGCCGACCCUAUCGCGACUGCGCGGCUUAUCGGUACCUCGUGAAAGCUUUUCGUGCACAUCGGGUCACCAGUGAGAAGUUAUGCAGAGCCCAACAUGAGCUUCAUUUCCAUGCUGCCACCUACCUCUGCCUCUUGCGCAGCAUCCGGGAACACAUGGCUCUUCAUCAAGAAUUUCAUGGCAAGGGUGAGCGCUCAGUGGAGGAGUCUGCUGGCUUGGUGGGUCUCAAGUUGCCCCGUCAGCCUGGAGGGAAGGGCUGGGAGCCAUGAACAUGGAGUUUCCUUGGAUGCUGCAUUCAUAUGAGAAUUUAAUCAUUUCUAUCAAUAUGUAUUUAUCAUUAAAUUUUUUUUAAAGUUUA